UUUACAUUCACUCACAAGUGUGGUGUCUCGAAAUAAGUUUUCUCACUGAAAUCUCCGAAUUUCCCAAAUUCUAUUUAUAAAACUUGCAUGAAACCGUCAUUCGAAUGUCGUGAUUCAACUCAGUGAACGCUUCAAUGAUAUUUUAAGUGCUGUCGUGAGUUAUCAGCGUGCAUAUUUUCGCGAAAGAGACCACGUUUUCAAUAGCGCCCGGGUUACAACUGUGCCAAUCGGAAUCAUCCGUUCGUUUUGUGAAUUAAUUAGACUCUGAGUGAAUUGCGUGCAUAAUGGGCAAGAAACCACAGAAGAAGGCCAACGUACCAAAGGAUGCUCCCAAGAAGCUUUCGGCACAGAAACGCCACGAGCUGGACCAACUCAUUGAUAAGCUAUUCAAAUUGGGAUUCAGACAGACCCAGGCGCCCGCCGACCAGUGGAAUGAGUACGUCGAGAUACAGGGCAUUCUCGAUCGGGUCCAGGCGAUCGAGAGUACCUUGAAGGUGAAAAGCUCGGCCGCGAAGAACCGCCUGGCCACCAUCGAGACGUUCUGCAAGUGGUGCGAGGAGAACGGCGCCCAGUUCGAAGGCGUCAAGAUCGCCGAAUUUCCAGGCUAUGAACUAGGCCUCGAGGCGAGCAAGGAUUUCAAGCAGAACGAUCUCGUGCUCACGGUCCCCGUGAAGAUGAUAAUGUCCGAGGAGCGUCUCACGAGCUACUUGAUCCCGAUAGUCUCGGAGAUUCCGUUGCUCGACUCCAUGACAAACGUGAAGCUGGCCUUUGGUCUCCUGCUGGAGCGGCUUCGCCCCGACUGCUUCUGGAAGCCAUACAUCGAUCUGCUGCCCGAGCGGCAUGCAACGGUGCUUUAUUUUUCGGUUAACGACAUGCAGGAGCUGAAGGGCUCGAAUCUGCUGGGGCAGGCGCUCAACCAGUGCAAGAGCAUCGCCAGGCAAUAUGCGUUCAUACACAAAUGCGUGCAGAAAGUGGAUACAACGAAAUUCGGCUCCGAUUCGGUGGGAAAGGAGACUUUCGAGACGUUGAAGGAGAAGUUCACGUACGAGUUUUAUCGAUGGGCAGUAUCUACGGUAAUGACCCGACAAAAUGCUAUUCCACGCUCCCAACCACAACCGGAUAAUGAACAAGCAGCAAAUCUUAUGCCAGCAUUAAUUCCUCUAUGGGAUCUGGCCAACCACAAGGAAGGAAGCUUCUCAUCGUCCUAUAACAUUGAACAGGAACGUCUUGAAAGCUGUGCCCUUUCUGAUUUUAACAAGGGCGAGCAGAUUUUCAUAUAUUAUGGUGAUCGAUCGAAUGUGGAAUUUCUAAUACAUAACGGCUUUGUAUAUCCAGAAAAUACUAAAGACAGCGUUACAAUUCGCCUGGGCUUGAGUGCUUCCGACGAACUACUCUCAGAGCGUACCAUCCUCUUGGAACGCUUAAAAAUCACGAAAAAUUUCGAAUUUAAAAUUCUCAAGAUGCCAGAUUACAUCUCACCCGAACUACUGGCAUUCGUACGAAUCUUCAAUAUGAAUCUUGAACAAUUGAAUCACUGGACUGACUCGGAACGAGCUGCGGAUCUCCUGCACAUGGACUGUGCUCUCGAAACUAGUCUCGAAUCAAAAACUUGGAUGUUUUUACAAACUCGACUAACGCUUCUGCUCAGAGCUUUCCCGACUACUUUGGAAGAGGACGAAACCCUCCUCUCGAAUCAUAUCAAAGGACAAGCGAAGCUGGGAUACAUCAAAGCGAUGGUCGUACAAUAUCGAAUCCUUGAAAAGAGAAUACUCACAAACGCAUUAGAAUAUGCCAAGCAACGAACAAAACCAUGAAUGGACAGAACAAGCUUUUUUCUCGUAUUAUGUAGUUAAGAUACUAACAGUCUGUUUUUUGAAUCUGCUUUUGUAAAACUUUUUUUCAGUUUGUUUUUAACACAUUGGCUGCUGUGCAGACACACAUAGCUGUAAUAUAAUAGAAUUUUGAUAGUUAAGUCAUGCGACUUCGCCCAGGCACUGCAUAAUUGGUUCUAGUGAAGUUGAAACCGAACAUUGUUCAAAAAACCCUUGAAAAUGGAGGAUUGGAUAUAUUUAUGGAGUCGUGAUUUGAACAAAGAAUUUGCACAUCGUACGCCUUACUUUAUAAUAUUUAUAAUUUUCCGCAUAAUAGAGUGAUUUUCAGAAGAA